AUGAAGACAACCGUCCUGUGCCUGACGCGGGCGCAACGCCUCUGUGGCUCGCGUGCAGCCUGUCUAUCCCGAUUGAGUCCAAAGGCUGGUUUGCGAUCUUUCUCAACCUCACCGGCUGCAGCUUCCGGACUCUGUGAGAUUUUGUCAGUAUCAGACGAGGUUGCUGAGGCUGUUGCCACAAACAAGCCCGUGGUGGCUCUCGAGUCCACCAUCUACACACAUGGCAAGCUGGGAAAUGACCUCGCCAAGGAGCACCUCGACUUGGUCCGUAGCCAUGGUGGCAUUCCUGCUAUCAUUGCCAUUGUCGAUGGACGUCCCAAGGUCGGCGUUUCGUAUCAAGAGAUUCUGCGCAUGAUUGAGGACAAGGGUACGGUCAAGGCCUCUCGCAGAGAUAUUGCGUAUUUGGUGGGAAUGGGUCUGAAUGGGCGCAAAAUUCAUGGUGGCACCACCAUCGCCGGUACCAUGCUUCUGGCCAAGGCAGCUGGGAUCCGCGUCUUUGGCACUGGUGGUCUCGGUGGCGUUCACCGCGGCGGCGAAACUUCCAUGGAUGUCUCUGCCGAUUUGACGGAGCUAGGACGCACUCGAGUUGCCGUUAUUGGCAGUGGAUGCAAGGGGUUCCUCGAUAUUCCACGCACUCUCGAGUUUCUCGAGACGCAAGGCUGCUUGGUGUCGACCUUUGCGGAUGGCCGGCAGGGCAGUGUCGAUUUCCCAGCCUUUUGGGCCAGAGACAGCGGGAUAAAAAGCCCUUCCACCGUGUACACGGAAAAAGAGGCUGCUUCCAUCAUUUACGCCCAAGAAAAGCUCGGCAUCGAAUCAGGCAUGUUCUUUGCCAACCCUAUUUCCGAGGAGCAUGGCAUUCCUGCGUCUGAGAUGCAAGCCGUCAUUGAGCAGGCUGUCAGAGAGGCCAACGAGAAGGGCUUUACGGGCAACAACAACACACCCUACAUUCUGGGACGUCUUAGACAGCUCACCUCCGACAAGACGGUUGUUGCUAACAAAGCACUCGUGCACUCCAACAUCAUCCGGGCCACCAAGGUUUCUGUGGAGCUGUCCCGAUUGUUGUCGCCCAGCUCAACCCAGACAGGCAGCUCACCAUUAUCGCAGAUCCCCGUCUCUGCCAUUUCGCGUCCAACAGAAGCGACAUCUGAGCCAGCACCUGCUCUGUCGCCUGUGUCAAACAUCUUGGUUGCCGGCUCUGUUGCUGUUGAUCUCAGCUGUGAUUACUCAAGUCCUAAAACUGGUAUUACAACGCCUCAGUCGCAUGUGUCGAAUCCUUCCCGCAUUAGCCAGUCGAUCGGAGGUGUCGGCCGCAACGUUGCUGUAGCCGCUCACCUGGCCAGUGGAGGCUCCGGAGUUCAGUUUUGCAGUAUGGUAGGCGAUGACGUGGCCGGCCACACUGUUCUCACUUCACUGGAGGCAUCUGGUCUGGAUACUUCAUCGAUUAUGAAACUUGACCACCGGCAACAUCCCGAAGGGCGCACUGCACAGUACGUCGCAGUCAAUGAUGGAAACAAAGACUUGGUGCUUGCAAUGGCCGAUAUGAACAUUUUCUCCAAACAUUCUUUCUCAGACCAUUGGCGAUCUACUGUCGCCACCUCAAAACCAAAGUGGCUUAUUGUGGAUGGCAAUUGGGCCCCUCCACAGAUUCGCAAUUGGAUCAGAGCUGGCGAAGAGAAUGGCGCGAAAGUUGCGUUUGAGCCAGUCUCGGCAGAAAAGUCACAGGGACUAUUUUGCCCCGAACGCGGCCUCCCAAGACUCAACCUGUAUCCUGAAUCUAGCAUCAGCCUGGCUUCUCCCAACACCUACGAGCUCGCAGCAAUGCACACCGCGGCCAAGGAAAAUGGCUAUUUUGAACCAAUGGAUUGGUUUGAAGUCAUUGAUGCAUUUGGAAUGAGAGGCGCGCGAGACCGCUUUGUUCACCUUACCUCGGUGGAGCUCACUGACGCCGGCGUUCCUAUCCAAACCAUUCAGCUUCUCCCAUAUAUUCCAACCAUUCUGACAAAGCUCGGGUCCAAGGGCGUCUUACUGACGGCAAUUCUGGGCAAAGAUGACCCUCGUUUGCGAGAUAGAGAUGAAGAAGCAUUCAUCCUGACUCGCUCACCACCUACACAUCCGGUAGUAGGUGGAGUUUACAUGCGCCUGUUUCCGCCCGUAGAGACGGUGAAAGACAUUGUAUCUGUCAAUGGAGUUGGGGAUACUUUCCUAGGAGUAUUAGCUUCCGGACUUGCACGAGGCGGCCGAGUCGACAAGCUGGUGGAUGUGGCUCAGCGUGGAGCUGUUUUGACGUUGAAGAGCGCAGAAUCUGUCAGUCCGCUUUUGGGCACCUUGACAGAAGAAGUACAGAAUGCAUCAAAGCGGUGA